AUGGCUCCUGUUGCAUCUGGAGCUCCUGUCUCCGCCGCGAGGGCUCGCCUCGCUGGCCCUUCGGGUUUCAAAGGUAUCGUGGCAUCGGGAAAGACCACUGGCAUAGCAUUCUUCGCCUCGCUCGGCGGCUUUGUAUAUGGCUACAACCAGGGCAUGUUCGCUCAGGUGUUGACCAUGAAUUCGUUUAUCAAAGCAACACACGGCUACGCUGAAGGAACUGGUCUUGCUCAAGGAUUACUGACCUCCAUCCUCGAACUCGGAGCUUGGGUCGGCACACUCAUUAAUGGAUACUUGGCCGAUGCUGUUGGUCGACGUUAUUGCGCACUGAUCGCUUGCGUUGUCUUCACUGUCGGUGUCAUCGUUCAGGCAUGUACUGUCAACAAGGACUACGUUCUUGGAGGUCGCUUCGUGACCGGUCUCGGAGUUGGAUCUUUAUCAAUGGUUGUUCCACUUUAUAACGCAGAGUUGUCUCCUCCUGAGAUCAGAGGAUCUCUCGUAGCAGUGCAACAGCUUGCUAUCACAUUCGGCAUCAUGAUUUCCUUCUGGAUUGGAUAUGGAACAAAUUUCAUCGGGGGAACCGGCGACACGCAAUCGAAAGCAGCUUGGCUAGUACCGAUCUGUAUCCAAAUACUCCCAGCCCUCAUACUCGGAGCAGGUAUGAUGCUGUUCAUGCCCGAGUCCCCUCGUCACCUGAUGAACAAAGACCGAGAGCAAGAGGCACUUCAAACACUGGCCCGUCUGCGAAGCAAGGAUACCCAAGAUAUGGGUGUUCAGGUUGAAUACCUUGAGAUCAAGGCUCUCCGCGACUUUGAAGUCGAGACUGCACGCAAGAAGUAUCCUAACUACCAGGACGGCAGCUUCAAGAGCAACUUCUUGAUCGGUUUCUAUGAUUACGCUUCAUUGAUCACCAAUCCAUCCCUGCGUAGGAGAACGAUGGCUGCUUGUCUGACAAUGACCUUCCAGCAAUGGAAUGGUAUCAACGCCAUCAACUACUAUGCCCCCUUUAUCUUCAGAGGCUUCGGUUUUGAAGGUAACACACUGGCCCUUCUAGCAACAGGUGUUGUUGGUGUGAUCGAAUUUCUCUCCACUAUUCCGGCUCUGCUCUACGUUGACAAGUUCGGUCGCAAGUCUAUCCUGCUUGCUGGAGCUAUCGGUAUGGCUACAUGUCACUUCAUCGUUGCCGGACUCAUUGGAUCUUAUGAAUCUGACUGGACGAGCCACGUCGCGGCUGGCUGGGUUUGCAUCGCUAUGGUGUGGCUGUUUAUCUGCAACUUCGCGUACAGUUGGGGUCCCGUGUCCUGGAUCGUUGUAUCAGAAGUUUUCCCCCUCAGCAUGCGCGCCAAGGGCGUAUCCCUCGGUGGCAGUGCCAACUGGCUGAACAACUUCGCUGUCGGCAUCUCCACCUCGCCUUUCAUCUCGACAUCUCAAUUUGGAGCUUUCAUCUUCUUCGGCUGUGUGACCGUGGUCGCUGCACUUUGGGUAUACUUCCUGCUUCCUGAGACUAAGGGGCUCACUCUUGAAGAGAUGGAUGAGCUAUUUGGAGAUGCUGGGUUUGCGGAGGCCGACCAGGCACUCAAGGCGAGAAUCGAAAGGGAUAUCGGUCUCACUGCUCUCUUAGAAGACCGAUGCCAAGGGUAG